AUGUUAGACUUUUAGUUUUUAUGUAAUUUUUAUAAUGUAGAUACAUAUCUUGAAAAUUAAUCUAUUUAAUAUAUAAAUCAUAGUAACUUUUCAAAUAUAACAAAAGCUGAAAUUUUAGAACCUACCUCAAUUUGUAUACUUAGAGAAUUAAUAAAUUUUAAAUAUUUAUUUCCAUAUCCUGAGUCUUAAAUAUGCUCAAGAAUCAUUUAAAAUCAAUUUCAAAAUUAUAGAAGGAGUAAGUCCAGCUAAAUGUUUAAUAGAUAUUAUCAAACCAAAACCAGAUUUUAGGAGACUUAACAAUUAUUUUUGAAUUUAUUUAUGUUGAUGAAUUAAGAUUCAAUUUAUUAUAAAUUGAUCAUGUUUCUGUUUAUUAUAUCUUCAAAAAUAAUCUAUUAAAAAUGGCAGGACCAUCUCUAAUUAAAAAAAUGGAAUAUAAGUUUCUCAAAGAAAUUAAAUAAUUUACAAAUGAAUAAGAAAAUAGAUUAUAAUACUAAUUAGAAACAAAUCAAAUAAUAAUAGACAGAAAAAAGUAUAGAAAAUUAGCUUAAAAAAUUACUAUUAACAUAUAAAAACUGCAAAAGGACCUAAUCCUUUAUAAAUAAAUAAGAAGAUUGGAAAAAAGACCAAAAAUAUAAGAAAAGAAUACAUAAAAUAUUCAGAAUCAGAAUAUAUUAAUAAUUACAUUAUUGA